AUCGUCCCCCUGUGGUCUGAGUGGGAGCCGCCGCCGGGGCCGAGAUAUCGCGAGAAGAGGGGGAAGAGCCGGGGCCGGAGCGCGAGCGGAGUGAGGCAGCGAGAGAGAGAGAGAGAGAGAGUGUGGGAAGGGAAGGGAAGGCAAGGAAAGGCGACCAACAUGGCGGAUAGGGACAGCGGCAGCGAGCAAGGGGCGGCCGGCUCCGGCUCCCAGCAGCACCAGCAGCAGCAGCAGCAGCUGCAGCAGGAGACGCAGGAGCUGGCGUCCAAGCGGGUGGACAUCCAGAACAAGCGCUUCUACCUGGACGUCAAGCAGAACGCCAAAGGCCGCUUCCUGAAGAUCGCCGAGGUGGGGGCGGGCGGCAACAAGAGCCGCCUGACUCUGUCCAUGUCGGUGGCCGUGGAGUUCCGCGACUACCUGGGCGACUUCAUCGAGCACUACGCGCAGUUGGGGCCCAGCCACCCCGACCUGCAGGCGUCGGACGAGCCCCGGCGGGCGCUGAAGAGCGAGUUUCUCGUGCGGGAAAACCGCAAGUACUACAUGGACUUGAAGGAGAACCAGCGCGGCCGCUUCCUGCGGGUCCGCCAGACGGUAAACCGGGGCCACGGGCUGGCGUCGCAGGGUCAGACCAUCGCUCUGCCCGCUCAGGGCCUGAUCGAGUUCCGCGACGCUCUGGCCAAGCUCAUCGACGACUACGGCGUGGAGGAGGAGCCGGCAGAGCUGCCCGAAGGCACGUCUCUGACUGUGGACAACAAGCGGUUUUUCUUUGACGUGGGCUCCAAUAAAUACGGCGUGUUCAUGCGGGUGAGCGAGGUGAAGCCUUCCUACCGCAACUCCAUCACGAUACCUUACAAAGUGUGGGCCAAGUUCGGCCACACUUUCAGUAAAUACGCCGAGGAGAUGAAGAAGAUCCGGGAGAAAAGGUGUGAGCAGCAACAGCAGCAGGAGGACGAGGAAGAAGCCCACGGCGACGAUGAUGGGGAGGAAGACUGAUUACAGCUGUAAUUAUUAUUAUUAUAUAAAAAAACCAACAAAAACACUUACUGUAUAAAAAAAAACUGUAACUGUUUAACUCCGAGGGAGCAUCGCCCACCCAAAAUAAAACCUCCACAACUUGACAGUUCGACUUGACUUGUCACCCCCAUCCAUCCACCCAUCGCUGGAUGUUCGUCCACUUAUCAACCGUGUAAACCGUAAGCAGCUGCUAAGUAAUAAUAACAUUAUGAACUGUGUUUCCUACUUGAUGAUUAAAACAAAAAAGAGAAACUGAGUGUUUAUUUCCCUAAUUAACCGAGACUUUUGUACACGUUCAAGCUAUUAAAGUGUUUGCAAUCGUCAGAUAAUAUGCUGAAUUAUAAUGAAAUGAGUCCUUUUCAUGUGAGCUAACAUUUGACUUAGCACAAAAUGAGAGAUAUUUUAGAAGAACACGUAAAUAAUAUUUUUAGUUUUUCUCAUUUUGUUACCAAAUUUCAAACAUUAUAUGGAGGUUAUAGUAUAUUUGACACCCUAUAUACCUGUGAUUAGAGAUGUGUAUAUAUGAGGGCUAGGCAUGCUGUGUGUCUGAGCUUUGUUCAAUGUAAUGCAGAAGUCUGUAGAGUUAAAAGGUACAUAGGUUUAUUCAUGCAAGGUAAAACUAUUAAGAAGUGCUCUCUUUUAUACAAUAUGCAUUGCAUCUGGACCUUAAACAUAUAAAACUUGGUCAGUGAAACUUCUGUGAACGUGAAGCAAAUUAUUAAAAAAGGCAUUUAAAUGAAAA